AUGCAAGACUCUCAUGUUGGUGUGCUCAUCUCUCGAUCUGCAGACUUCUUUGAUAGUGGUUUUUUCCAGUCGAUUCCAGGAACUCCUCGGGACAUUCAGAGUGACAUUGAUUCCUCACUAUCUGGUGAACCGGUUUCCUACACGCUACCACACGAUACGUACGAGACAGACAUGACGGCACUGGUUAACGAUCCCUUUAGCAACUCAGUUUAUUUCAUAGAGAAGGACACACGCAGCAUCUACAGAAUGGACGACUUUGAUCUCCAGUUUUCUCACCCAAACCGCACUACCACAAACGUGCAUGCUGGUGUUUCUGAAGCAUCAAGGAGCCUCGCUUUUGAUUGGAUAAGGAAACUCAUUUAUUGGGUAGAUUCCGAACACGGGUGGAUUUGCGUACAACCUGCCUACACUAGCGACCACACUAUGUUCGCAGUUGUCGUUCAUAGCCUAUCUUACCCUACGGCCAUAGCAGUGGACGCGAGAGAAGCGAAGAUGUUUUAUUUUGACUUACGGUCCAGCAGUGGCCGUAUAUCAUCUGCCUCUUUGUCUGGGGAUUCAAAAAGUGUGAUAACUCACAGAACCCUCGGCUUUGUGACCAGUUUGGUCGCCGAUCCUACAGAAAGACGUCUAUAUGUUUUGGACAACGAUCGUAUGGUUAUGGAGUCCAUGACCUACUUCGGCAACGAUCGCCGGUCCAUCAGAAAACUGGCUGGCUUCAAUAUCAUGUCAAUGGCAGUUACGGCGGAGGAUGUCUGUGUUGCCGAGCCUGAUAGUUAUUUCGUUGUCUGUUUCCUUAAAUUGGAUGGAUCAAUCAAUCUUUUCAUGUCCUACUGGUCAAACACACCCACUGCCACAUCCUACUAUGACCGGUCAUUUCUAGUGUCGGAUCAGUCAGAUGUCUGUAAGGACCAUCAGUGUGAACACAUAUGUACAGCUAACGGAACCUCAACUCACGCUUGUCUCUGUAAAGAGGGAUAUACCCUUAAUAACGAUAACAAAACGUGUACAGAGAAACAUUAUCUGCAUCCCGCGGGUGUGCUGAUCAGUAAUGGAACGGACAUUUGCAUGUCCGAGGUUCGCAGUGUGUCCGGAGGAACUCUUUCUCCCAUCUGUAUCCGUGGCAACUUCAGUAAUGUGCUCCACCUAGCGGCAGAUGCCAGUACUAACACCGUGUUUUAUUACGACAAAGCUAUGAGCGAUAUAAGUGCCCAUGAUAUUGUUACUGGAGCGACUACAGUUCUUUCCCCUGCUGGAAAUGUGACAGGACUCGUGUAUGAUUGGAUUAAUAAAAACCUAUUCUGGGCGGAAGCAGACACUGGCCAUAUCAGAGUUGUCAACGUAAACGAUAAAGCAAAUGCGAUUGUGUUUUCCGGAAUUACUGGCCUGGGCCCAAUAGCAAUUAGCCCGCAUAACAAAACUCUUUUCUGGAUGUCAGAGGCUCUCGACGGAUCAGUCUCAGUUUACGCAGGAAGCUUGGACGGAAUGACUUCAAACGUUAUUGUUCGGCCUGAAGAAACCUUUUAUCCUACGGCUAUGUAUGCUGAUCCGGCUACUGGGAGGCUUUUCUACCUGGAUUUCUUUACGCUGACAGCAGUAAACCCUGAUGGAGGCGACCCUGUGUAUUUAUUUACCUCUGUUUCAACUUAUGAUCUCGUCAUUUACAAGAGGUAUUCUCUGUGGAUAUCGGAUGUAGACGGCUAUCUGUACGGAACCAACUACCUCGACCCAGGCAAGGACACCAGGCUUCACGACGAGGAAUUUGGACGAGUUACAGCAUUAGCAGUCUUCGAUAUCAACCUUCAAAAACAGGAACGAAGUGUUUGUAGUCAGGUACCAAACGGUGGCUGUGACGAUAUUUGUCUCCCUUCUGACUCGGGCCCCAUAUGUAAAUGUAGCUUUGGUUUAAAUCUCCAUACUGACAACAAGACAUGUGUAUCAGUGCCAAUGACGAACAACUAUCUCCUCAUCUCGGAUGUGUCCAACCAAAAACUUUUCCAGGUAUCACUUGCUGAUGGAAAUAAUGUAUCACUUUUACAAAGUGAACCGUAUUUCUAUGCUACUGGAUCUGCAUACAGUCCUUCUGAGGGCAAGAUUUACAUCACAGAUGCUAUUUCUGAUACAAUUUUUAGCAUGCAUCCCGAUGGUUCCAACAGGACAACCGUGGUCCAAUUUGCUGGUAAGACCCCAGAGAGACUGGCAUUUGAUGGGUCUACAGGAAACGUUUACUACAGCGUGUCCGAUAGCUUUAGUUUCGGGUCCGAAGGCUACAUAGGAGUGUACCAACCACACAAAAAGGUACACAAGAUUCUCGUGGAAGGGUUGGAGUACCCCAGAGGCCUUGCAGUAUUCCCAUCAGAAGGGUUGCUAUUUUUUGCGGAAUAUGGAACGUUCGGCUCAAGCAUUGAGAAAGUAUGGAUGAACGGUUCAGAAAGAGAGGUAAUCGUGCCAUAUUCAGAGGAAGUAACAGCUCCAACUGGUUUGACUUUGGACUAUUCAAGUAAAAGGAUAUACUGGGUGGAUAAUUACAAUGAUGACAUCCACAGUUGUGACUUUGAUGGCAACCGUUUGACCAAUGUAUUAGCAGAACCUCGAGGCUAUUUAUCAGAUCUUGUAAUACAAGGCGAUUAUAUCUACUAUGUGGGCAUGAACUUACCAGGAGUGAAGAAAGCUGAAAAAUCCACAGGAGUUGUAGUUUCGUAUAUGGACGAUAUGGCAGAGAUAGGAGCAGUUGAGACUGUUUCUGUAUUCCCAGGAGAUGUUCAGCCAGUGAACGUGGGGUGUCAGAAUAACAACGGAGAAUGUACCACAUUCUGUCUGCCUAUUCCAAACUCCCAUGCCUGUGGAUGUGAGGACGGAGUCCUGCUAUUGUCGGACGGGAAGACAUGUCAAGGAGAGAAGAAAGAAUGUACCAGCAUUAUACCAUUUGGAAGUUUGGUACCUGACGUUGACUGCCAUGCUAUUGAGGGUUACAAAUGCAGGGUAUCAUGUAGCGAAGGUUAUCGCAGAAACCCAGCUGUUGCUUUUGAUAAGAUGACUUGUACAAGUACCGGAGAUUGGGAGUUUGAUAUAAACACAAUUUGCGAACCAAUCACGUGUCCUCUGAUCAUACCUCAUGGUAAUUUAUCAAUUGGAUGUGACCGGUCAAUUAAUGCCGUGUGCUCAGUCACGUGUGACACCGACUACACCCCCGGCCCCUCGGGAUCCUUAGUGAGCUGUCAAAAAACUGGCUACUGGACACCUGACAGCUCCACCAUCUGUAAACCAAUUGUUAGAUGUUCACCGAUUGUCCAGAACGGUAUGCUGAGUGCUGACUGCAAAGUAGGAAGCGUCUGUACGAUCAGGUGUAAUGGUAACUACUUGCUGAAUAAACACGUCCUGUCAGUUCACUGCCGCGCCGAUGGAACGAUCAGCGUCAACCCGAACACAGUCUGUGAACCCAUCAAGUGCCCCGACCUGGACAACGUGAUACUAGAAUCGAGUUGUCUGUCCAAUGCUGGAACUGAAUGUGGAUUUACUUGUAAGGAUGGCUUCAGAGCAGUCUAUUUGGGACGGGUAUCCUGUCGAGUAGAUCGCACGUGGUCUAUGGCAUCCAAUCAACUAUGCAGAGAAGCUGAUGUAACUAGUCCUGAGCUCCAGGUUGGCAGUGCAGGCGUUAGUGCCGGUAUUGGAUAUGGUGUCUUAAUCAUGGUCGCGGUCAUCUUAAUUAUCCUGGCAAUAGGCUACUAUUACUAUCGAAGCAGAAGAUCCUCAAAGGCUCGAUUUGUGGAGUCCCCGAAUGUGAAGUUUUCAGGAAGAAACGAAUUCCAUAACCCUACAGCACAGAUUGAUGGCGGUGGAAUCUCCAACCCUCAAUACGACAUGGCAGGUGCGUCCACAGGCAACCCAUACGAUACCAUGGGGUCAGCAUCACAGAACCCUUACGAUAACCUGCCGGAGACGAAAACUAUGGAUGCACCAGAACCAAACGGGUCUAGUAAUAACCCUUAUCACAAGUUCUGA